UUUUUAUUUUCCUUCUUUUCAGUUAACAUUUCAUCUCUUUUUAUAAUGAGUACUACACAUAAGAAAAACAAGCCUGUGACAACUAAUCAUAAUAAAGAAAAAAUAAUUGUAUUUUCGGAACAAGAUAAAGCUACAUAUGAUUUAAUAUUCGCACCAUCAAAAGAGAUUGAAGCAAUUUCAACGAAUUUACUUAUUCGGGACACUGAAUAUAUUAUAGAAUACUUGAAGCAAAGAAUUAAUUUAGAAAAAAAAUAUCUCGAUGAUCUUUCAGCUAUAACAAGAAAUAUUCGAACAUGCUAUAUUCCAAAUGAAAAUAAUAUGAUGCAAAAGUGUUUCAUACAUUAUGUCUCAUUAACAGAAGACCAGAGGCCUUUUAAAGAAGAAUAUAUUAACAAGAUGAAAGAACAAUGUGAAAAACUUGUUCAAUUUCGAGAUGAACAACAAAGACUCUUUGAUAAAAAUAAAUCUUGGAUGAAUCAAACAAAUGGAGAAUAUAUCAUGGCACGAUUAAAGAAGUUACCAGUUGCACACGAAUCUUACAUUCAAAAAUGGGAUGAAAUUGAACGAUCUUUAGUAAAUAAUAAUGUGACUUCAACUUCUUUACCUAACAAUCAAGUAUCUACACCUGUAUUAAAAUUACCGAGAAAAUUACCAUAUAAUAAUGAAACCUUAGACGAAGAUAAUAGAUCAUUGAGUAUAGAUGAUGAUAGAAGUAUAAAAUCAAUUGAUAUGUUGGCUUCACCUCAACAAAGUAGUCGUAUUGAAAGAUUCAUGAAAAGGCAUUUAAAUAAGAUAGAAGAUCCAAUUGUAAAAUUAGCAAGACUUAAAAUUGAAGCUAAUGAAGCAGAUACUAAUUAUCGUAAUAUUGUACGUGAAAUAAGCUCAUGCGCUAUUAAAAUAGAUGCUACAAAUCAUCAUAUUUUAAAUAAUGUACAAGCUGCUUUAAAAGAAAAAUCAGAUAAAGUAAAAGAAAUGCUACAAUCAGUGAUUAUAUCUGAUAUGAAUCAAAUAAAUCAAAAACGACAACCAUUUCGAUCACUAUUAACUGUGAUUAAUUCUAUUGAUAAUGAGUUAGAAGCUAAACGAUUUAAUGACUUCUCUUCUAAUGCAUUAAAUAACUUUCUAAAGCCUACACCUAUUUAUUAUGAAAACCACCAAGUUGGACUUUGUAAAGAUCUUAUUUUCGGUAUUUCAUUGACUGAAUAUGCUCAACAACGAAAUAGAUCACCACCCUUAUUAAUUACUAAAUGUAUAGAGGCCAUUGAAAGACUAGAUGGCUUAGAAAAAGAAGGCAUCUAUCGUAUUCCUGGUAAACAAAGUAAAAUAGAAAAAUUAAGACAUGCAUUUGAAUUGGAUGAAGAAGCUGUUAUUAUUGGUCAAAAUGAUGUACCUGAAGAUAUUUUUAGUAUUGCUUCUGUAAUUAAAAUAUUUUUACGUGAACUACAAACACCUUUAUUUCCUUUUAAAUUAACGGAUAGAAUAAUCUAUUCACAAAUUCCUGAUCAAGAAUUACGACUUAUGAACCUUUUAACAAGAUUACUUAAAUUACCAGCAGCUAAUUAUGAUACACUUAAAGCCCUUAUACAGCAUUUAGUCAAACUUCAAACAUGUGUUAGUAAAAAUAAAAUGACGAUACAAAACUUGACAUUAAUCUUUACUCCAGCUAUCUUUCAAGAUUUAAAUUAUGCUCAAAGUUCACCUGGAGAAUGGUCAAAGGAUUGUGUGCUAGAAGAUCUGAUAAAGAAUUUCCAAACUAUUUUUGCAAACAAGGAUCUUCAUAAUAAUUCAGCUAUUACAGGUGAUAUUGAAUAUGGAUUUAGUCAUCAUAAAAUAAUAACAGAUAGUAGGGAAACAAAUCGAUAUGCUAUGACUGUUCAUUCCCCUGAUAGUCCUACUUGUGAUAAUGAAACCAAUAUAAUCGUAACGAAUGAAAAUGAAAAUGAAUAUAUGUUUGUCGUUCAAAAAGAAGAAGAAGAAGAUAACGAACAAAGUAUUCAUGAGAAUGACAUGAUUCAAUUGCCACCAACUUUAACAAUCUCCCGUUCAUUACCAACACAACAACAAAUAAUUGAAAAGAAGACAUACAAAGCUCAUUUUAAAGAAAAGGGUUUAAAAGUAAAUACAAACUCUAUGACUGCAUCAGAAAGCAACGAAACCUAUCACGUGGAAAUGCCUAUUUCCAUUAAAAGUGCUAUAGUUCCAUCUCAUGACUGGCAUCAAUUUGAACCAGAUAAAUCAUCUAAUAUUCCACCAGUACCUAAAUUGCGUCGAUCAGCUACCACAGGUAAAAAGGUGAUAUCGAGACGUAACAAUAAGCAUUUUAUGACCCCCAAUAAUGAAGAUAUACCAGCUGUACCAGUAUUAGAUAAAAAAUCCACUUAAUAUGGAUAAUUAAUUUGCUUAUAAUAGAGCAUAAUUGAAUGUGAAAACAAUGAUGUUUUUCAUACUAAUAUACAUAUAUAUAUAUAUAUAUAUAUA